AGAUGCGCCACUCGUGCGUAAAACACUGGCACCGUCUCCAAAGCGCACAGGAAGCAUCAAGAAGAAACACCACCACCCGAAACCAUAAAUAACCAUCGUAAACCUUAUCGUGGACACGUUCAACCUUUAAAACUAAUUUUAAAUCGUCGGCACCGGGGGAGGAGAGAAUCAGAGGAGGAGGGCAAGGAUAUAAGACAAACGCAACAUCGGCAAGAUGUCAUUUUCAUGCCGACUUCAUAAAGGAAAAGUGACAGAGUGAACCCGCGUGGAGAUAAACAAAGUGCCAAAUGUUUUUAAAGACUUGGAAAUGGAAAACCAACCUUGAAAGAAACUUGAUAGGGGACCGCUCAUUUAGUGAGAAUGAAGCUGGGCGUCUGGAGCGUUUUCACAUCAAGGACACUUUACCGCGGAUGAACCCUCCUAGGGUGAGAUUUUUUUGUGGAGAAAAUUAAUCCGUCAAGAUUAUUAUUUAUGUAUGGUUUCGUAUCAUCUAACUGUCUGUACAGUAAAUAGGGGAAAUAACAAUACAUGAGAGUAGUUGACAUAGUUCCUACAUUUUCGUAACAUCCCAGAAACUGAAACAUCUAAAAUAACUGACCUAAAAUUAACUAGUGGAGCUUCUCAGUGACCUGCUGGUGGUGCCUAGACCUCAGAUUGGGAACUGUUGUUCUCUUCUCAGUUAUCUGCCAGUGGUCAGAGGCAGAGCUCCUGUCCAGUGAUACUAUGGACUAUAACUGAUGUAUCCUAUGUGAGAAGAUAUCAAAAAAGGAAGACAAAGAAACAAAUCUUUCUCUAAUCAACUAAUUAAUAAUUUAUUUAUCUGUGGAUAUUUGUCUCACAAUGCUCAGAGACUCUUAGUUUGCCAACGUCCAUUUCACUUUCUCUUCAAACAUGGAGAAUAUGUCUAUCCCGGGCGGUGCACCGCCAGUCUGCAACGACUCUGUGGACUUCUACUCCCUCACGUCAGGGAACCACACUAACCUGAACUGCACGCUUCCCCCUGAGUUUCCCUUCUAUGCUGACCUUUACGUCAUUUUACCGGUCAUCUAUUCUGUAAUCUGCGCAGUGGGACUGACAGGCAACACGGCUGUCAUCUACGUGAUCCUCAAAGCCCCCAAGAUGAAAACAGUAACUAAUAUGUUCAUCCUGAACUUGGCCAUUGCUGAUGAUUUGUUUACUUUGGUGUUGCCGAUCAACAUUGCCGAACACUUGCUGCACUACUGGCCUUUCGGUGAGGUUUUGUGCAAAGUUAUCCUUAGCAUUGACCACUACAACAUCUUCUCCAGUAUCUAUUUCCUAACAGUUAUGAGCAUUGACCGCUACCUGGUUGUUUUGGCCACGGUGAGAUCCAAGCGCAUGCCUUACCGCACGUACCGAGCAGCCAAAAUCAUCUCAUUGUGUGUCUGGAUCCUCGUUAUUCUCAUUGUCAUGCCUUUCACUGUUUUCGCUGGUGUCUACAUCAACCCCAAUGAUGAGAGGAAGAGCUGCGUGCUCAGCUUCCCCAGCCCUGAGAGUCUGUGGUUCAAAGCGAGCCGGAUCUACACGCUCAUACUGGGCUUUGCCAUUCCAGUCUCAACCAUCUGUAUCUUAUACACAAUGAUGCUCUACAAGCUGAGGAACAUGCGGCUCAACAGCAAUGCCAAGGCGCUGGACAAGGCCAAGAAGAAAGUCACCAUCAUGGUGUUUAUUGUCUUGGCUGUGUGCUUGUUCUGCUGGACGCCGUUCCACCUCAGCACCAUUGUGGCUCUGACGACGGACCUGAGGACCACACCGCUGCUAAUUGGGAUCUCCUACUUCAUAACCAGCCUGAGCUACGCCAACUCCUGCCUCAACCCUUUCCUCUACGCCUUCCUGGAUGACAGCUUCAGGAAAGCCUUCAAGAAGAUGUUGGAAUGUAGACCGGCCUGAAUAUGUGACGUAGGAUAGAGUCUACGUAGUCUACAGAGACUUACUACGUCAGGACAGACUGUGACGAAAAAAUGGGAUGGGAAAGAUUGACUCAAAUCAAAGCAGAAGUCAGAUUUGAUUGGUUUGUUAAAGCUGCACUAGGCAACCUUGUACAUUGUUUGCACAUGAUAGCUAUCGAUAGAGAUAACUAUCUUUUUAUUUAUCUUUAAUAUGUGUAAAAUGUAAAAUUAUGUAAACUGCACACCACAUUCUUAAUGUGACAAAACGUAAAUGCUUUAUACUACAGCAAACCAAAGUGAUGAGAGAGGACUCCAGCUUCAUCUAGACAGAGCUGUUUGAGUCUCACUCCUCAGUUUAAAUUCAAUUCCUGUGGCCGGAAAAUAUAUCAUCUUGUUAGCACAAAUAAAUCUGAAGCCUCUUAUGAGAGAAGGCAUGGUUUUCUUUGUCACAGCUGGACUGUUGUAUUUUUACUGAAUUUGCCUAGUGCAGCUUUUUAUGGGUCUGAGAGCACAGUAUGAGAAUAUUGAAAGUUGACAGAAAUGGGCAAUAUUGCGAUAGAGAAUGAAAAAUAACAGUGACAUACAGAACAAUAAUGGAAUUAAAAAGAACCAACAGUUUGUUAUACUAUAACUGUCGGCAGAAUUGCCCAUCAUCAUCGUGUCUGAAGAACUGGCCAUGAAAUCUGAUUGUUUUCCAAGUGAAGACUGCAAAUUAAAUUGUCAGAGCUUUUUCCAUGACGGUAAAAAAUCCAAUUAUGAGGCAGCGAGUUGAGAUGGGUCGCUGUAAACAGUUGUGACCUUCUCUGGACUCCAUCUGGACUCAGAGGACGGAGGAACACCUCUGAGGGGUCAAACAUCUGCUGUGUGGAGAAAAUAGAGUUCAACACAGUGUCACUGAUUGGCAUGCUGUCAGUCUCAUCAACGUUAUGAGAAUAGUCAGGGUUGGAGGUUAACAGGAUACAUGUCAGGAGAUUAAGGGUGUUUAGUUAUGAAUUGCUCAUUGUUAUCCAUUACCAAAACUGGAUGAAAAAAAAGUUUACCUGUAAAAUCAAACCUGGUGGGAUGACAUAUUGAAAUAUUGUUUGAUCAUUGUAUGCAAACACUUAAUCUGCCUUUAAAUUAUGUUGUGUUUUGAGCAAAGUAAUCUCAAUUGAACCAAAUUAUAUGUUUUGUAGAUCACAUGAGGCUUUAGAGUUCUGUUUUUCAGGUAAAUAAGCAGGUUACAGAGAUCCAUUUGCAAAAUACGAUCCGAACAAUGAAAAUGUUGAAGCAUAGACUCUUUAAAUGAAGGCACUGUUUGGAUGAACAAUGUGUUUGGUACACAUUAUUUUUUACAGAAUGUAUAUGUACCACUUAAGAAAUGAAAAAGGAACCUCACCAACCCUGACAACAGUACUGUAGGCCUGAUGUAAGACAGGCAUGGGACAGGAGGGCUAUGUAAAAUGGAAUCUGCAUUGCUCGUCUCUAUUUUGUUGUGAGCUUUUGUUGCCCCCUGUUGUCAACAGGGCGGCAUUAGCUGAAAAUGCGGCCAGAGCCAUUUACAGACUUUGUGCAAAACCAUUAAUGAAGGGAGUUACACAUUUCCUCACCGCUUGUUCCAGUGUCUGUGACAUGUACAUUUAUAAAGAUUAUGUACAAUUUCUCCUUUCACUUCAUGGAUAUUUAGCAUCUUUUGGUAUCUGACAGUAAAAAUAUGUGCAAUCCAAUGACAUUCACAUACUGCAGAAACUUAGCAUCUAUCUCUAUUCAGUGGUAUAGUACAGAGUUUGUUUUGCACAGUUAAAAUCAUGAAGACACUGAAAACAUGAUGGUAUUGUUUGCACAGCAUAAAAACGAGGGGCGUGUUUGAGGCUUCACUAUGUAAAAUCACAAUAUCAGGAUACUUGUAAAACGAAAAAUUUUUAAUGUCUUCUCUAAGACUUUAAGUGUGAUUUGGUAAGAUAAGGGGGAGAUUUGCUGGAGAUUUGUAGGACUUAUAUGCAUUUAUUUGAUGUAUUCUUAAUUAAAUAAUGAUUUAAUUGUUUUUAACCAUCAUUGUCUAUUGCAUGACACUUUUUUGUGUGCAGCUUUCAAGCACAUGCAAGAUCCAAAUUUACAGGUGAUUUCCACAAUGACAAUUCUAACUUUGCGUAACCAGUUUUUCUGAUUGAUGGGUAAAGCAUUAUAUUUCAAAAAACCUCAUCGAUGCCAGUUUGCAGCAUUAACUCAGCAGUAACAAACCUGCUACAUCCUGCUUACCUGCUAGCCAUGUAAACUCCUGAUUUCAACUUUCAUUUUACAGUAAUUUCCUUUAAAUAAUGAUAAUAAAAUAUUUUUACAUUUUGUGUCUGUGUAUUGCGGCAAUUAACUCAUAGUAUGUGAUGGUCUUUUAAAGCCCGUUUCAUUCUAUCAAACAGAAAUACUCUGAUAUGUGUCUGUGUGUCAUCUUACACACUUUUCUCAAAUUUGUAAUGGAGGAAGAACAGUCCAUCAGUCAAGUAGAGUUGAAGAAGUUACUUCUUGCGCUCAUUUAUCCAGCAUUAAUCUUCUAGGUUUAAGUUAUGUUUCUGUCUUCAGUGUUGUACAAUUUAACAUUAUAGUGUAACAGACAGUUUACUUCCUUGGGUGUAUUUGACUAUUUUUUUUUUAUAAAUGUUGUAAAUCAUGAAACACAAUGCCAGUGUAACUCCUUUCAGCCUUUGAUGGCUAUAAAAUCAGCAAAAACCUUUUUCUCCAACACUCCCUGUUGGAGAUGACAGCAGCUUACAGAGGUUAAGCAAGCAUGUGACAUAAAUUUGCUUCUACAAAGGCUUUGUCUGUAUGGCCCUGACUGCAACAACAGAAACCAUUCUGUAUGUACUGCUGUAAAUAGUUCAGUCUUUUCCAUUUAACUGUACAGAAUGUAUAGUGACAGCGAUGUAUAGUCAAAUAUUCAAAGUAGAACUUGUGUCACACAUAUGAGAAAUUAUAUAAAAUUUGAGUUGAAGAUUAUGAAUCA